GGGCAACCCGUGGGCGGCCGCGGCCGCGGCGGGCGGGAGGCUGCACCCCCCGGGGCACCCCCGGGGCAGGCCCGGCCCGGGGAUCGCCCCGGCGAGCGGGGCGGGGAGCCGGCGGGGCCCGGGCGCGGGGUGCGCGCAAGGUGGGUGCCGCCAGGUGGAGGGAGCAAUGGCAGGGGCUAUGGUGCGCAUCGGUGACCAGCUCAUCCUGGAAGAAGAUUACGAUGAGACAUACAUUCCCAGCGAGCAAGAAAUCCAGGAUUUUGCACGGGAGAUUGGGAUUGACCCUGAGAAGGAGCCAGAGCUGAUCUGGCUGGCCAGGGAAGGCAUCGUGGCCCCGCUACCACCCGAGUGGAAGCCCUGCCAGGACAUCACUGGUGAUAUCUACUACUUCAACUUCGCUAACGGCCAGUCCACGUGGGACCACCCCUGUGAUGAUCACUACAGGGAGCUUGUUGUUCAGGAGCGAGAGAAGCUGCUGGCACGUGGCGGCUCGAAAAAGAAAGAGAAGAAGAAGAAGAAAGAAAAGAAAGAGAAGAAAGACAAGAAGGAGAAGCAGUCACUGAAGCAACCCACCCCCGCAGGCACCCUGCUAGCACCCGUCCAGGCGCCCCCGGGGAACCUCGCUCCGCUGCGCGGCCUUGCGGCGUCUCCGGCCGGCAUCGUCCGCGCGUCGCCGAAGUCGGACGUGGGGAGCUCGGUGGACUCCAGCCUUGUGGCCAAAGGGGGAGCGCAGCCUGCAGAGACCGGUAAGCCCACCAGCCAGACCAAGUUGCUGGGCUUGGUCUGCGAAGAGAAGAGUUCCUUGAACACAGUGUCUCUAGAUAAAGGGAGGAACGACGAGGAAGAAAGCGGGAAUGAGAGUCUCCAUGGGACAGCAAGACUGUUCAAAAACCUGCACAUGGAUGUCAGCGCCCUGGGAGGCAGCUUUGACUCUGAGGAGCACAGCAAAGCAGAGGAGGAAGACUGUGGCAGCCAGCUAGCUGAUGUCGCUGAAGGUGAUCUCCAGCACCGAAGGAGUCCUGCAGAGGAAGCUGGCAGCCUGAGAGAGCUUUCAAAGGCAUCCGAGGCCAGCGACUGUGGGGAGGACUCGCAAGCUUCUAACCGCUCGGACCACGAGCUGAUUCAGCCUGUGGACUUGGGUUUCCCGAAUGAGCUUUCCGAGCAGGUACUGGAUGUGGGGGUUCUGUCUCCUGUUUUGGACAGCCCCACGUGCAAGGCCCAGGAGCUGGGAGAAGAGGAAAAAGACCAAAGCAAAGCCAGUAUAGAGGAAGAGCAGAGCAAAAGAACAAAAGCUGCUGAGAGUGAGAGGGAUCAAAGUGCUUGCGAAAUGUCAGAAGAGAAGUGUUUUGCUUUAGAAAAUCCCGAUCAGGAGGCAGCUGUGGCCCAGGAGCCGGAGGAGGGAUCGCCGGAUAGCCUAAUCAAUCCGGAGGAGCUUGCUGCCCCGCAGAAAUCGCAACCUGAGAAGGAGAUCAAACACGAGCAGUCCUUGAACGAGCCUAGUGAAGAAUCCCUGGAGGGAAUAGCCAAGGAGCUGGAGCUGGAGCUCGAGCAAGAGAAAAUGCAUUUAUUGCAAGCAAAAAAGGAGAAAAUUCAGCAGUUCCAGGAGGAGAUGAGGCAGCAGGAGCAGGAGGAAGCUCAGAAGCUUCAUCAGCAAAAAGAGAAAUCCCUCAGGACUCUAAAAGAAAAUUUGGCAAAGGUUUCUGAGGAGGAAGAGUUGCGUGUCAGAAAAGAAGAGACCGAGAGACUUGCAAAGCUGCGAGCCAAAAUCACCUCGGAGACUGAGGCAGAGAAGGAGAAGUUAAGGGCGGAGCAAGAGGUCGCGCUGCAGAAACUAAGAGAAGAGUGGGAAUCCCUGCAGGUAAUGGAGAAGGAGAGCCUGGAGAAGCAGCAGCAGCUUGUUUUGGAGGAAAUGAAGCUGGAAAUAGAGGAAGCUCAGCAGAAAGAGAUGAUCGGGCUGGAACAAGAGAAGGAGCAAUUCCUGAGUGAGCUUAAGGAGAGAUUAGACGGGGAAAAGAAGAAGGCAGUAGAAGAGCUAGAGAAACAGUUUGCGACUGAGCUCCAGCAGCUGAAAUCUGCAGCAGAAGAGAAGCAUCGUAAGGUCAUUUCCAGCCUGCAAACCCAGAUAGCAGAGGCACAGAGGAGCGAGGAGGCUCGGCUGCGUGACGACUUGCAGAGAGCAGAGCGGAAAGUACAGCAAAAAGCGUAUCAAGUAACGGAAUACGAACACGAGCUCAGCGAGCUUAUGAGAGAGAAACGCCAUGAAGUGGAAAAAGACCAUGAGAGGAAGAUGGAGAGGAUGAAAGAGGAGCACCAGGAGGUCCUCGCACGGCUUCGGGAUCAGUAUGAGGAGGAGGAGAGAAAGCAAAGAGCGGAGCUCUUUGAAGGCCUGCGAAGUGAGAUGGUGCGCCUCCGACAGCUUCACGAAGCGGAGGUGAAAGCUCUGCGGGCAGAGCUGGAUGAGCGGCUUACGGCGUUGCAGCACAGGCACAGGGAGAAGGAAAGAAAACUCCAGGAAUCAGAGAACGAGCUUGAAAUGCGCAUGAAGAAUGUCCAAGCCAGAUCAGUGCAGCUCCUUAGCCAGGAGGAGUCUCUGAGAAAGAAAAGGCAGCAGCUGCUGGAUGAAGACAGGCGGACUGAGCUAGAAAGAGAUGAAGCUGCUUUAGCUUCUCAGCUCCGCCUAGAGGAGCAUAGGAAGGAGCACGCCAGCCUCCUUGAGUCCAUUCGGCAACUGCGCAGGUCUUUUGAAGAGCUGCAGGACCAGAAAGCUGAGCUGGAGGCCCAGGUGGACUUGUUGCAGACCCGAAGCCAGAGGCUGCAGAAACGCAUCAGUGAGUUGGAGGCAGCUGUCAGGAGCAAACAGGAGACUUUGAAAGACCUGGAGGCAGAAGAAAGUGUGGAGUCUCCGAGAAGGAAAGCUGAGCUCCAUGUUGAAGACCUGAGAGAAACUAUUCAAGCUCACUCGUCCAGAGAGCCGGCUUCCCCACCCUCUCCAAGCCACGAGGACAGCGACUUCCAGUUCGAUCAUGUCAGGAGCUACAUCUCUGCAGAAGGGAUCUCCAUCAGGAAUGCCAAGGAGUUCCUGGUGCGCCAGACCCGCUCCAUGAGGAAGAGGCACACGGCGCUGAAAGCUGCGAAGCAGCAGUGGCGCCAAGAUAUGCGGAAAGCACAGGAGGUGGUGCAGGAUCCUGACAGCUCCCAGCUCCUGGAGGGUGUGCGCAAGAACCUGGAAGAGGAAGCAAAGCAGUUGGACAAGAUGAAGUCGGCUAUGCGGAAAGGGCAGGUGCUGCUGAAGAAGAAAGAAGAGAAACUAAGCCAGCUGGAGUCCUCGCUGCUGGAAGAGCUUUCAGAUGAAGAUACGCUGAAGAGUGCUGCAUGCAAGAAGAUGGUGACUUUUGAUCUCAGCAACUCUGAGGACACAAACAGCACAUCCAGCAUAAAUCUACAUGCGCCUAAAUUUGAUUUGAGAACCGAUUUACGGCCUGCCCCCCAGCUGGACAAGAUCCAGUACUUGACAGACUCUCUGCAGCGUAUCACUAGUGAACUGAACGGAGUCCUCGGCAUCUUGGGCUCCCUGAACAACCGCCAGUCUCCGCUCUUCACCUCGACGCCCUGCGACGGCAUCCCUCUUUCUACGUACGCCUCCUUGGCAGGACUUCAGGCAGGUGGCUCCCUGGUGCCCUCCGCCGGGGUGUCUCUGGUAGACCAGUGGGCCUGGAGCACUGGGCUGAGCUCUAGUCGCUCUUUCGCAGCUGGGCAGUCAGUGGACAGCAUCCUGGCAGAGAAAUGGCACAAGUAUUUCCCAGGUGGGUUCCCGUCACUCAGUGGUAGUUCCAAGCCUCCGGACAGCAAGCUGGGAUAUGUACCUGCAGAUGAGCAAAUACGGCUGUUCCAGCACUCCCAGUUCCAGAGCUGCGAGUCAGACAAGAUGAGUAUUCAAGGAAUGAUCGAGACCAACAAGAAGUGGCUAGAAGACUUCAAGAGGGAUUCACAUGUACCUCUCUUCCCAGGCACGCAGAAGCCCCCUGCCAGCAGCCCCAGCCUCCUUCAGCUAGGACUGGAUGAAAACAGACAAAUUAAAGUGUACCAUUACUAAAAGGCAACAUGACCUCUGACGCCAGUGGUGAGAGCAAGGUCUUCAGCGAUCCUUCCGAGAAGGCAGCUGUCACCAUCCAGACCCACUUCAGGAGAUACCAGCAGCAGAAGCAGGAGAAGCAGUAGACGCAGCAGCCACCUGUGCCCUGCGUCAUCCCUCCUUUUGUCUGUUCUGUACCCCAGAGUGAGUUGUGACUGUGAACCUGCUCCCCAGUACGUAGCUUCUGGUGCGUGCGCAGCUGUAGGUACUCUGCUCCUGGUGUCAGUCGCUGCUCGGCGUGAGACCGCGUUCCUGGUCAGUCCUUCCCCAGCCGGCAUUGCCUCGUGGGCCAGGGUACAGCAGGCUUGGGACCUCGGCACCCCGGGCGCGAUGCAGCAUUGGCAAGCCUUUCCUGGUGGCAGCACCCACAGCUGCGUGGCGGCUGGCCAUGGGGUCACAGCGAGGUUAAGACCCAGCAGCCGUGUCAGUGGGAGCAGUGGGGGCCUCCCACAGCUGAUAGCAAUUGUGGCCGGCUGCUCGCUGCCCAGCUGGGGCUUGCUUUGCCCAGCAGUAGCCCUUCCCUCUGCUUCUAGCUCCAUUCUGCCUCUGGAGCUGAGGGUGGCACAACUGCCUUUGUCCCCGGCUCCGGGCAGCUGGCUCGCAGAGCUGAGCACUUCGUGCAGGAGCUGGCCCGGAGCGGGAUGUCACCCGGGGGUGUGCUGCAGGCAGCGAAGGGAGCGGGAGCCGGGCUGCGUGCUGAACGUGAGCUGAUCUUACUUAUCUUGGGGAGAACCGCUUGGGAUGCCCCGGUUUCAGAGCAGGGAUGGGGUGGGACUCCUCUGUCUCCCGUGGCUACACGUGCCGAGGCUGAACCCCCUCUCUGCGGAGUCGGGCUCCUUCCUGACACAGCCUUCUGCUACCUCUGGCAUCUGGGCUAGUGCCCACUGUCACCCAGCCACCCCAUCCUGGUCUGUGGGUCCAGCAAGGCUGAUCGCAGACCUGCUCCCCGUCUGGCAGGGACAGGAGCCCAAGGGUAUCGUGGGUUUUCGCACCUAUUUUCAAGUGCUGGCUGUCGGAGGGUGCAGAGAUGCUGAAAAAGAGGGGGUGUGAAAGCACAAAGCUCUGGCCAGCAGAGAACCAGGAGGAGGUUUGCUGUGAGCAGGGAGGGGGCGAGAAGGCGGUGAGGGGGUGCUGUGGCCCGGUGGGUGCUCUGAGGGAAGGAGCAGGGCAUGGAGGAGGCGCUGGCCCGGAACGAUGCUGCUCUGACCGCUGCAGUGUGGUCUCCGUGGCCUCUCUGCUGGGUCUGAUGCCGCAUUUUCUGUGCGGCGCAGCUGAGCUGUGCCUGUAGAGCCCUGACUGCUCGCAUGCUGCCCUUUCUGUCCUCUCCAGCCACAAACGCCCUCAGCCCUUCUUACAGGGCUCCAAGCCCCAGCUGCCCAUGCUUACCUUCAGCUUGUAAGUGCUGGCGUCUGGCUUCUGCUUGUGCUCGGUUACUGCCUGCUGCCCGUGGCGGGCGCCCAGCGCUGCUCGCAGCCCUUCCCUGAAGGGGCAUUAGGAGAGCAGGGCUGGAGACGGCUUCGCCUGUCGCGCUGCGAUGCUGCGAGCCGCCGCGGGCAGGUCUCCUGGGCCUGAGCUGGCUGCCACCAGGGGUGUGUGUGGUGUGUAACGCGGUGUCCGGGGGUUUGGAUUUCUGAGC